AUGGAGAGGGGGGACCCCUGGGACCCUGAAACAGGGGCCCUGGAGAGGGGACCCUCAGGACCCCCAGCAGUCUGGAGAGGGGAGACCGCAGAAAGGAGAGACUCCUGGGACACCAAAGAUUUCUCCUUCCCAAAGCUUGGCCAGAUAGAGGAGGAGGCUGCGAGGAAGAGGAAGAUGCCGCAGGACCCCCAGGCAGACAACAACCUGAGGACAGAGACCAUGGACGACAAAUCCCCCUGGCAGAACCUCAUGGAAGAGGCUGUUUUGAACAGCUCCACUGUGCAGGAAGGCAACGGGGAGGAAAAGCCACAAACAUUCCCCAUGGGAAAGGGCUCCAAACCCACUCCAUGGUGCUCCGAGGAGGAAAGACCCCCCGUGUGCUGGGAAGGUGGCUGGAGCUUCAGCCAGAGCUCUGAUCUGGUGGUCCAUGAGCAGCUUCACAGCAGAGAGAAGCCCUUCACGUGCUUGGAAUGUGGGAAGAGCUUCAGCUGGAGGUCCCACCUGAUCCGCCACCAGAAGAUCCACACUGGGGAGCGGCCCUACACAUGUGGGGAAUGUGGGAAGAGCUUCCGCCAGAGCUCUGACCUGGUGGUCCACCAGCGUCUUCACACCGGGGAACGGCCCUACAAGUGCUUGGAAUGUGGAAAGAGCUUCAGCAAGAGCUCCAGCCUCACAUACCACCAGCGCUUCCACAGUGGGGAACGGCCCUACAAGUGCUUGGAAUGUGGGAAGAGCUUCAGCCAGAGCUCCCACCUCCUCACCCACCGCCGGCUGCACACAGGGGAACGACCCUACAAGUGCCUGGAAUGUGGGAAGACCUUCAACCGCAGCUUCAGCCUUGUCAUCCACCGGCGUGUCCACACCGGGGAACGGCCCUACAAAUGUCCUGGGUGUGAGAAGAGGUUCCGGACCAGCUCCGAUCUCCUUCUACAUCAACGGAUGCACACAGAAGAGAGGCCCUUCCGCUGCACCGACUGUGGGAAGGGCUUUGUCCGCAGCUCUGACCUCAUUAAGCACUGGCACAUCCACACCGGGGAGAGGCCCUACAGGUGCUUGAAGUGUGGGAAGAGCUUCAACCAGAGCUCUGCCUUGACCUCGCACCAAAGGACCCACCGGUAAGGCAAGUCCAACGAGUGCCCCAACUGCGGGAAAAGUUUGGUCCACUGCUCCAACUCCAUCACCCAUCGGAGGACCCAUCUUGGAUGAUCCACAGUGACUCACAUUGGGCAGAGACCUGGUGGGUAAAGGCCUGUUGACUAACAUUUCUGGUGACCCAUGUUCCUUGUAACCCACUGUGGUAGUGCUUUCCCCCCCCAGGCCUCGCUAUGAUCU